AUUUUUUACUAAACGCUGCAAAUUAUAUGUUGUUUAUGAGGGUAUUACGGUGUAUUCUUAUCUUUCCAAUUGAUGGUCAAGGGAAGGUUUCUUUGUGGGAUGAAAACCUGUGCCAAUUAAUUCUUGGCAUGUGGGGCAUAACAGAACAGGGCAGUGCACAGCAGGCAGAAGGGAACAGAGCAUAUGAAUGAAUGAAGGUACAGCAUAUAUGACUGAAUUGACAGUUUGAUGGAGCAGCAGCUGCAGGUAAGAGCAGAACUCCUGUGUCAUCUCCCAUUUCUGGGCUUGAUCGGAGUGACCAACAUUCAUUAUCCACGAGCUGUAGUUCUUUAAGGUAGAGGAUCUGUAUGCUUAGGGUAUCUUGAGGUCAUGGUUUCGAAGCUCUUGGGCUUUUCUGAUCGAGAUGGACUGACCCAUUUAAAGAAUAGUUCUGUCUGAGCAUCUACAGAGGCCCUGUUAUGCCUCAGACAAUUUUGUUUUUUAUUUAUUUUUAAAAUUUUCAUGAUCUGCCCAAGAAAAGCCAGAAUUUGAAACCCUGGAAACCCAGACAAGAAGAAAGCCGUGGAUUGUCCGCUAGCCUUACUGAGUAACCAGCGGGGAGAAUAAUUGUGGGUGGGGCUUGAGUAUCUGUUGUUAUCUACAAACAUUUUCUAUCUCCGCCGACUGUGUAUCAGUCGAUAAUUUUUGGUUUUUCUAUGCCCUUUCGCCUCCCCAAAAAAGAAAAAACCCUAACUUGAAAUCCCGAAAUCCUCAAAAAUUGAAGCCUUGAAGUAUCCGAUAGCCUUUGUGUAUACCCAUUAGUCCUUUGCCCUACCAUUACAAUGGCUGUAUUGUUACUGAAAUGCUGGAUACGAUCUUUUGUAUUAUUUACAAAUCUUAUAUGAACGACGACUUUUUUUUCCUCAUAGAGGGUUUUUUUGGAGCACCUGUCUUCUGCAGACUCUAUCUCUGUUAUUCUUAAACUGUAUUUCUCCUAAAAAAUCCUCAACUGAAACCGUACAAACCUUCAAUUGAAGCAUAAAAAAUUCACAGUUGAAACCCUAGAACCCCAUAUAUAAAGUUGUUGAAUUAUCCAGUAGUUUUUCUGAUGAUGUACUGUUGCAGCCAAAGGCCAUUUGACCUGUCGUACAUUGGUUUCCUUAAUAAUUAGUUCGUGUGUAGAAAUUUCUAAAUUCUGAAAAAUUCUUAUGUGACCGGCUAGGGUGUUUUUGAGAAUCUUGAAAGGAAGGAGUAGUAUUUUCAGAUUUAAGCUUCCCUUCCAUGGCCAUGGCACAGCUCUCCGCCCUGGAAAUCAAGCAGUAUGAGCACAGUCCAGUGCAUCUGGCAGUCGCAAACAGGGACUAUAACAGGCUACGCCAGAUUUUCUCCACACUUCCUCGUCUUCCGAAGGCUGGAGAGGUUAACACAGAAGAAGAGUCAAUUCUAGCUGAAGAGCGUGCAGACAUUGUAUCGGCAGCCAUAGACCGAAGGGAUGUGCCCGGAAGGGAAACCCCUUUGCAUCUUGCAGUCAGGCUUAAAGAUGCUGUUGCUGUGGACAUGCUAAUGGCAACUGGUGCAGACUGGAGCCUGCAGAAUGAGCAGGGGUGGAGUGCACUGCAGGAGGCUGUGUGUGCCAGAGAGGACAGCCUUGCUUUGAUUAUUACCAGAUAUUACCAACCCUUGGCCUGGGCCAAAUGGUGCCGCCGUCUGCCCCGCAUAAUUGCUGCUCUGCGAAGAAUGAGGGAUUUCUAUAUGGAGGUCAAUUUCCAGUUCGAGAGCUCUGUGAUCCCCUUCAUCAGCCGUAUCGCACCCUCUGACACGUAUAAGAUUUGGAAGCGAGGUUCAAAUUUCAGGGCGGACAUGACUCUUGCUGGAUUCGAUGGAUUUAGGAUACAGCGCUCCGAUCAGAGCUUUUUGUUUCUGGGCGAAGGGACAGAGGACGGGAAGUUAGGACCGGGCUCACUCAUUAUGCUGAACCACAAGGAGAAGGAAAUUACCAAUGCCCUUGAGGGUGCAGGUGCCUUUCCAUCGGAGGCUGAAGUUGCUCAGGAGGUGGCUCAGAUGUCUCAGACCAGUCUGUAUCGGCCUGGCAUUGAUGUUACCCAGUCUGAGCUUGUGCCACAGCUGACUUGGAGACGCCAGGAGAGGACUGAAACUGUAGGUCCCUGGAAGGCUAAAAUCUAUGAUAUGCUUCAUGUCGUGGUCAGUGUGAGAUCCAGGAGGUUCCCAGGAGCCAUGAGUGAUGAGGAGCUUUUUGGGGCAGAGAGUGAUAGAUUUGAGGCAGAACCAGGGGUGUAUGAUGAGAUUCUGACUGAAGAGGAAAGACGGCAAUUAGAAAAUGCUCUUAAUACAACAAAUUAUGAUACAAAUGAAGGGCUUGAAGACGAUGGAUCGGCAUUUUUCGGCAGAAAUGGAAGCAGCAAGCAUGAAAAUGAUUCUGCUUGUGCAUUAGAUGGUAAGCAGAAUGGGACUGCUGAACCUGCUGAUUCUAGUAAGGAAGAGAAAAAGGGAUGGUUUGGUUGGACCAGAAAGCCAUUGAAGGCUGAUGGAGUUAAAAGGACAGGGUCUUCAAGGUAUUCUGUUAGCAUUGAGGAUGUCAAAGCUGGAGGCAGUAAAAGUUCAGUUGCAGACGAUCCUAAUGGAACACCAAAUAAGUUGUCAAAUCUAACUGGGAGUAGUAGUUAUAGGUCAGUUGAAUCUGAUGAUUCAGUCUCUGUGAAGAAGGGAAAAGAGAAAGCUAGUAAAAAAGGCAAAAAGGAGUCUGAUAAAACCAAAAAGGCUAGCACAAGCAGUGACUCUAAACAUGAAAGUGAAUUCAAAAAAGGGUUGCGGCCAGUGCUAUGGCUUACCCCUGACUUUCCACUUAAGACCGAAGAAUUGCUACCAUUGCUAGAUAUUUUGGCAAACAAGGUCAAAGCUGUUCGACGAUUAAGGGAACUGUUAACAACCAAAUUGCCCCUUGGAACUUUUCCUGUCAAGGUGGCGAUUCCAAUUGUUCCUACAAUUAGAGUAGUUGUAACAUUUAGUAAAUUCGAGGAACUGCAAUCUUCAGAAGAAUUCUCAACUCCUGUGUCUAGUCCUGUGUUUUUCCAGGAUUUGAAAGGGAAAGAUGUCGAAGCUCCCAAAUCAUCAAGUUCGUGGAUAUCUUGGCUUAAGGGUUCUGAAAAUGAAUCCACUAGGGAACCCACAUGCCUGGAGGAUCACCUGGAAGUGGAUUUAGAUCCAUUCCACAUUCCAAGUGAUUAUAACUGGGUUGGCAUGAAUGAAAAGAAACGGCGAAUGAAGUCAAAAAAGUCUAAACACAGAAAAGGUAAGAGGCCAGAAGUGGUAAGUGGGGAUGGAAAUGAGUAAUUGUAAGGUUCAGCCAUUCUAAAAUGUUAACCUCGGUUUAUGUGCUAUUGAUAUUUAUCAAUGGGAAAAAAAUGGUGUUCCCCCAAUAUUUUAUGGGCGUUGGCACAUGAGCUAUUUUCCUUUUCCUGAAAGAAAUCAUUUUUGCAAGAUAGCCAGAACGAAACGAUGUAAAGGGAAAAUAGUAAGCAAGUUUGUUAUGUUCACUUCCGUUGAGCUCUUGCAUGCCUUGUUACUGCUGCUCUUAUACACGGGCAAAAGGUUUGUUUUUUUCUGAUUAAGUUGGGAUGCUCCAACUUUAUUGUUGUUUGUAUACAAAGUGCUACUUCCCAUUAUGUACAAGUUAAUUGAAAUGUAUGGUCAUGCUAUUGCAGUGGCAUCAUUUAUAGUCA